AAACUUGAUAUGCUGCAUUUUAUAAACAUGACCCUGGUCCUCCACUUACAAAAUGACCAACCAUUGCCAACCCUCCAGAGUCAAAGUCAGCGUUUCCCAUAGUCACGUUACUUUGAAGGAGAGACCAUGGCUUCACUUCUCUCAAAAGCCCACGACCGUCUCCUCGUGAAAAAGCACUGCGCAGACGGAACAAGCGAACCGGCCAACUUUCUCGACAAUGAGUCCAUCCGCCCAACGCCCGUCAAGGAUCGCACAUGGACAUCCAUCACAUACUCAGCCUUUUGGUUCGCAGCCACUGCAAACGUGAGCAACCUGUACGGAGCUUCUACUGGUCAAUCUGCUGGUCUGAGUAUUUGGGAGGCGCUGGUAUGUUCGCUUGGCGGCCAGUUGCUCGCUGGCUGUCUCAUGGCGCUGAAUGGUCGUGCUGGUGCGCUGUACAGAAUUCCCUUCCCUGUUGCGUGUCGAGCGAGUUUUGGGACUUGGGGUGCGCUGUGGCCGACGUUUAAUCGGGCUGUAAUGUCGAUUGUCUGGAAUGGUGUGAAUUCUGUGCAGGGUGCGCAGUGUCUGUAUGUCUUUCUCCAUGCCAUCUUUCCUUCUAUCGAAAACAUUCCCGACAUCAUGGGUUCCAAAUCUGCUCUCAACUCGGCAGGGAUGCUCUGCUUCUUCCUCUACUGGCUCAUCAACUGCGCAUUUCUCUUCGUUCCCGUCCCCCGCAUGAGAAAGCUCGUCCACAUCAAAGUCGCCGUCUACUUCGCCGCCACCAUCGCCUUCGUCGCCUGGACACUGUCCCUCUCUGGGAGUGUCCGCAAGACCCUGACUGAACCAUCUACCGUCCAUGGGUCUGAGAAGUCUUGGUUGAUCCUCAAAUUCUUCUUCCUAGGACUCGCUAGUUGCGGCACCUUUAUUUCAAAUGCAUCUGAUCUACAGCGAUAUGCCCGUAAGCCCACCGAUGUCAUUGCUGGGCAAGUAUUCAGUUUCCCAAUGUCCAACUUCUUGGUCGGUGUGUUUGGAAACUUGAUCGCGGCUGCUAGCAAGGGCAUCUUUGGCGAGGUCAUUUGGAACCCGCUUACCACUCUGGAUAUGCUCAUGCAGGGUGAUCGUCAUACAUCGGCGAAUCGCGCUGGAUGUGCAUUGAUCUCUUUCGCUUAUGUCUACUCAACUGUUUUCUCGGCAAUUUUUGAGAACUCCAUUCCCGCUGGAAACGAUAUCGCAGCUCUCAUGCCCAGAUACAUUACGGUGAAGCGUGGAUUCUUCAUCUGUGCAAUCAUCUCAUACGCCAUCUGCCCAUGGUACCUACUUUCAUCCGCGGCUGUCUUCAUCAACUUCCUCAGCUCCUAUCAGAUCUUCCUCAGCGCCAUCACGGGUAUUCUCAUCUGCGACUACUACCUGCUUCGACGCGGCGUGUUCGACAUCCCCAUGCUCUACUCAGGGCACAAAGACUCUACCUACCACUUCUUCCAUGGCUUCAAUCUUAGAGCGUUUGCAGUCUACUUGAUUGCCAUUGCACCUAACUUCUAUGGAUUCCUGUUCCAGAUGGGUGUUAACGCACCACUAGGGAUCCAGCGGUUCUACUAUGUUGCCUAUCCUGUGGGACUCUUGUUGGCAUUUGGAAGCUUUUGGCUCAUCAACACACUCUUCCCAAGUGAAAAUAUUCCAAAGGUCUCGGGAUGGAAGGAGCCCAAGGACUUUGUAGAGAGUCAUGAUGGUACCUAUGUCAAUGUCGUGAUUGACUCGUCUGAUGCUGCCUCCGGGGAUCAGGAGAUGGGCAACGCUCAAAAGACUGCCACGGAGAAGUAUUGAGCUAGUAUUAGUCCUUAAGUAAAUAGAUAUGUCCUGUUUUCCCAAUUCAUGAAGAAUUCUUGUCAUGAUCUCAAUGGGCACAAUGCUGUUCAGACUUUAAUCAUCUAUUGCCAAAU